AUGUAAAUGCUAUGUACACAAUUGUUAUACAGUAAUGACAAGAAAAAAAUGUCUGUACACGUUCAGUAUAGACACAACCAUACUUUUUUUUUUCCGAAUAUUUUUGAUCCACGGUUGAAUCUGAGGAUGUGGAACCCAUGAAUGUACCAGGGCCAACUGGAUAUGGGUUUCCAAUUCAGAUUCGUGGAGGAAGGCUACCAAACGUAAUGCAACAUUUCAAAUAUAUCUUAGUUUUUCUGGGGCAAAGCCAUCCUAAAAAAUCUCAAGAAUGUUUGAAAAAUUCUAGCUGGAGUCAACGUUGUUCUUCUAGUGACUCAAAUAAAGCAGUCAUUGUGUCUGGGGAGUCCUAGUGGGGUGUGGCAGGGGUGGCGUUGGGCGUGGUAGCUAUUUGCAGUAUGUUUUGUAUCACAUUGAGGGGAUGGGCAUGCAUUUUAGGCAAUAAUUCUUACUCUUAUUGAUAGGUGAACUUGUAUUUUUGAUUCAUCUACCUUAUGAUGGAUAACCGGUUUACAGCUGUUCAUCAGGUUUACUUAUGUGUCAUUUUAUCAGCUGACUUCGAAUAUGUCUUCAGAUUUCCCCUGCCUUUACAUGUUGAAACAAUUUUGAUACAGCUUUUUCAUUAGAGAAUGACAGCUUUUCCAGGCGCGGGUGUCUGUCUGACUCCUCAUCUCUCAUUUUACCCAAUACUUGCUUAAAACAUCCUCCUUGAGUCCUGUACUUUUUUUGCCUCUUCUCCUUCCUUCCUCCUCACCUCUUUUUCCCCCUUCUGCAACUUUGCAUCUCUGUCCUUAGAGUCCCUGAAUCUUUUUUGUGGUUGAAAGAUUAUACCCAAAGGACACAGACUGCUGAAGUCACCUCUGCCCACUGUCUAGUACUAUUGAGACCAAGAAGAAGGAGGGAAAACUGAAAUGGAAGGUUUGAAAAAGAGGAUGUUAGUAAAGAAAAUAAGAACAAGUGCUAACGAAAUGCAGCAAAACAUAAAGGACUCCAAACUUCUGGCAGUGAAGCAAAUUCUCUUCCAUCUUGGGUUGCUUCUCUGGACCCUGCCUACCUGCUCCCUUGCCCUCCCCUCCUGAUGAGAAGUGCAGGAAAUCCUGUGCCCACGCCAGGGAGAAGGAGCAGGUGAAGAGCACAGGGGUGGGGCUGGGGCUGGCCAGCUACUCUAAGCUGCUAUGGGGUCUGGAACUUGUAGACGUGACAUGGUUAACUCGGUAUCUUGGAGCCUCAGUAUCUUCUGCAAAAUGGGGAGAUCCUUUCUCCCACAAAGGUGGUUGUAAGGCUUAAAGAGCUACCGUAUUUGUAAAGCAUUUGCAGCAGGGCCUGGUGUAUGGUAAACAUACCCAUGGUAGCAACUGUUGCUAGAUUGGGUAACAAAAAGUUCGUUUCUUAAGUAGGCAAGAAAAGAACAGACAAGAAUUGUAUUUAAAAGAGCAAGCACCCCUGUCAACCCAAACAACUGUGUUGCAAGAAUGAACACAGAGGUUCAAGCUUAGAAAAGCAAAUGUUUGACCUCUCUGAGACCUCCUUUAUAUGACAGCUUUUUUAUUGUUUCAAAUUUUGCAUAAUCAAACUGGUUACUGGGAAUUAUUAUUGGUUUAAUAUAACUUCUCUAAAAGAAUAUAAUCCCAUGCCACGACUUUGGGUCUGUCUUUACCCAUUUGUUCAUUUGAUAUUUCCCUGUCUUUAUUUCCCCCAUAACCAGCAAACAGAAAUGUACACCCAUGUUUACCUUACAUUAUAAAGAAAGAUGUAACUUAGUUUAUGUAGGUGGAGAUCGUGAACCUGGAUUCACAUUGUAGGUUUUAUUACCCACUUCUCACUUCUGUCCCAAAGCCAUGAUUGCUAAAGUGGAAUGUAAAGUCUCUGGACUAACACUGAAUCAAGAACUAACUAACUCUAUAAAUGUAUUCUCUGCAGAAGGAUAAGAACUCCAAAUGGCUUCUAACUUCUGCCCAUGGCUUGAAAUAAAGUUUCAUAUAGCUAAAGUCCCAGGCCACAGAAACACUUGAAGAUAGCCAUUAGGUAGAUUUUUCUUUUUUACAGGUCUUAUAUUGGAAAUAUAACAGUUAUAAAUAUAUCUAAUGUUUCAUCUUAAAAUGUGAGUUAUAAAUUCAAAUUUCACAUUGUCCCCUUCCUUCUUGAGCAAACAGAAUAGGCAAUUAGUACCAAAUAGUAACGAGUUACAUUUCUUAACACCAAUUAUUUAUUGUAACUAAUUUAUUAAGGAAAAAAAUCUAUGAAGAUGAAAUUAUAGCUUUUCCAGUAAAUCUGGGGCUUAUUCUUCCUGAUCUGAAGAUUGGUCUUAGCUAUACUUAACAGGACACAGAUGAUGAGAAGGAGCCAGGAAGAGAACUUGGAAUGUAGCGCAAAAUGCAGCGUGAAGAUGGUACAGGAAACUUUCUCUUUCUUUCCUUUAGAUAUGUCUGGGCAGGAGCUGAAAACCCUCUCACAUGGGACUUUAUUAAGUAAUAAAAGUUUAAAUGUAAAAGGUAGAAAAGAAUGAGGAUAUAAAGGAAUUUCUUUUUUAAAUUGUGACUCACUGGAGGAGUCUUAUAUAGUCCUGCUUUAUAAGCAUGUCACUUUUAAAGGGAUCAUUAUAUUUUCAUGACUCACAGAGAUACUCCAAAUAUUAAAUUGAUUGUUAAAAUGAAGAAAAUCAUCAAUUCAGUCUUAUUUUCUAUAUAGGUUUCACUACAAUAUUUUAUUUCCCCAGCAAGGAAAAAACCAGAGCUAGAAUGGAAUGAUUAAAUUUCUUAGUUUUCUUCCAAUUGGUUAGUCUUUCCAUGAAAUUAUACUGCCUUCUUACAUAGAAUUUCUGGGUUCUUGUUUUGGCAGCAGUUGAAGGAAGAGGAUGGUUUUAUGGUAGGGGUUGGAUUCCAUUCUAGAUUGGGGGUUUCGGCUGUGUGGAACAUAAUCCAUUUAUGGUUCAUACAGCCAUUUUAGGUUUCAUGUCUAUAUAUACAUAUAUGUACACACACAUAUACAUUCUGUACAUAAAGUAUCAUUGUUUUAUGAUACUUCGUUGUAUACAGUAAGGGCUAGUAUUGUUUUCUGGUACUUUAACUUGGUAUAUAUACAUAUACUAAGAAUGCAGACAUGUCCAUGGAAGUCAGCAGUAUUCAGCCCACAGUAGGCCCCAGUCAGCAGGACAGGGUUAGGGGAGUCAGGUGAGGCAGUGCUGUGCAAGCGCAGGGCUGGAUCCUGUCUUGGUUUACAGGUUGGACAUUUUGUUUAUUGUAGAUUUUUUGCCUUAACUUUAAUUUUUAAAAAUUUUUUAUUAAAUCAAAGUAUUAUGCUGAGUUUUUGGUACCCCCUUAAAUUUUGCUCCUAAAGUAAAUGGCUCCCUUGUCUCCCCCUAGUCUGGGUCCUGAUCAGUAUGUUGUACAGGGGAUGGUGACCGUUGGUGUACUGGGGGCCUGGGAGGCGGAGUGGCUGGUGUGUCUGAUGUCUUCUCCUUUCUCUACGAAGCAGGUAGGAGGUGAAGCCUUAAGAGUGAGGGGACUGACCCUGGGAGGGGAAGUUAGCAUGGCCGCCGAAGAGACUGGGAAAGGGAGAAGGUCUGGGACAAGUAUGAGAAUAGUCAUGCAGCACUGAAAACUCUGCCCAAAGCUAGAGAGCGCCAUUUGUGGUGACGCUGCCUGCCUGGUGGCAUGGAAUGCUCACAUGGAAUUGCCGCCUGAGGCCGCUCACCAUGCUUCCUGAAGGAUGCCCAUGUGGAAGAAUUUCGAUGUGCCAGUGUCCUCGUUCUACAGGGUGUUCCAUUCCUUUGCAAUCUCAGAAAAAUGGGAUUAAAACAAACUAUUUUGUAAAAUAAGAAGACUGUUUUCCAUUUUUAACGGCCAGCAUGUAUUAAGAUGGACAUCUACUCCACGCAAUACGAAGCUCUACGGUGGCGAAGAAGCAGGUGCCUGUUUAAAACUGAUCCUAAAUAAAAACACCGGAGUGGAUAUGAGAAUGUUGAUUGGUGGCAGAAGAGUCAAAAAAUGGCAGUUUAUUAUUCGGUUAUUUGCCGCUUGUUUUAUACUGAGCCUCAUGUUUUUUUGGGAACCGAUCGAUAAUCACAUUGUGAGCCAUAUGAAGUCAUAUUCUUACAGAUACCUCAUAAAUAGCUAUGACUUUGUGAAUGAUACCCUGUCUCUUAAGCACAUCUCAGCUGGACCUCGCUACCAAUACUUGAUUAACCACAAGGAAAAGUGUCAAGCUCAAGAUGUCCUCCUUUUACUGUUUGUAAAAACUGCUCCUGAAAACUAUGAUCGACGUUCCGCAAUUAGAAAGACGUGGGGCAACGAGAAUUAUGCUCGGUCUCAGCUGAAAGCCAACAUCAAAACUCUGUUUGCCUUAGGAACUCCUAAUCCACUGGAGGGAAAAGAACUGCAGAGAAAACUGGUUUUGGAAGAUCAAAAGUACAAUGAUAUAAUUCAGCAAGACUUUGUUGAUUCUUUCCACAAUCUUACUCUGAAAUUACUUCUGCAGUUCAGUUGGGCAAACACGUAUUGUCCACAUGCCAAAUUUCUUAUGACUGCUGAUGAUGACAUAUUUAUUCACAUGCCAAAUCUGAUUGAAUACCUUCAAAGUUUAGAACAGAUUGGUGUUCAGGACUUUUGGAUUGGUCGUGUUCAUCGUGGUGCUCCUCCCAUUAGGGAUAAAAACAGCAAAUAUUACGUGUCCUAUGAAAUGUACCAGUGGCCAGCCUACCCUGACUAUACAGCUGGAGCUGCCUAUGUCAUCUCUGGUGACGUAGCUGCCAAAGUCUAUGAGGCAUCACAGACACUUAAUUCUAGUCUUUACAUAGACGAUGUGUUCAUGGGCCUGUGUGCCAAUAAAAUGGGAAUAGUACCACAGUACCAUGUAUUUUUUUCUGGAGAGGGUAAAACUCCUUAUCAUCCCUGCAUCUAUGAUAAAAUGAUGACAUCUCACGGACAUUUACAAGAUCUCCAGGACCUUUGGACGAAUGCUAUAGACCCAAAAGUCAAAACCAUUUCAAAAGGUUUUUUGGGUCAAAUAUACUGCAGGUUAAUUAAGAUAGUUCUCCUUUGUAAAAUUAGCUAUGUGGACACAUAUCCUUGCAGGGCCGCAUUUGUCUAAUAACAGUACUUGAAUGUUGUAUGUUUUCACUGUCACUGAGUCAAACCUGGUUGAAAAAAUCCUUUAAAUGUUUGUCUGUACCCCAAGUAAAAUGAACAUGAAAGACAAAGAAAUAUUUUGAUAGCCUAGGCCAUCAGAAUGUCUCUUUGAUUCUAGAAGCUGUUUAAUAUAACUUAUCUACUUCAUUGCCUAAAUUCAUUUUAAGGAAUUUGUAUUUAGAAAAGGUUUAUAUUCUUAAUGAAAACGAAACAAAAGGGAAGCUCACGUUCUCAUUUCAUGUCACAAAUAUACUUGAGGUGUAGAGAUGUUCUUAAGAAGUCUUGGUGUUAGAAUAAUUGCUUUUGUAAAAUACCAAAUGAAUGUAUAGUACAGCAUUUCCAGGAAAUGAAUAUAUUGUUAGACCAGGUAAACCAGUUUAUUUUUGUUAAAGAGCACUUGGUGGAGGUGAUAGGGACAGGGAAAGGUCAGCAUAGGAGAGAAAAUACAUAAAUCUGGUAAAAGAAAGUCUCUUGUUAAAAGGAGAUGUAGGAAAAUGUGUACAAUUUUAUUAUACACAGACAAAUCCCUUAUUAUCACAUCCAUAUAGCUAUUUUACCUAGACGCUGUUAGAGUCAUUAAAAUAUAUUUGUAUCUUUUAUCAAAGUUUAAUGCAAAUUUUGAGAAAAGUCAUUAACACUGCCCUAGCUAAUACUUUAUAUAUGUUUUUAAUGGAUUUUUAAAAAUAUUAGAAAAUGACUCAUAAAAUGGGCAGCUAGUUGCUCACAGGGGCCUUCUCUAGGGAGAAACC